AUGACUUCCUCGCACCAGUAUGUCCUGGUCACAGGCGCCAACAGUGGCCUGGGCCUGGGCAUCUGCUGCAGUCUCACUGACGAGUUCCUUGCCCGAGCGAACCCUGACCAGAAAUUGACUAUCAUAUACACGACGAGAAGCAAUCGAAAAGCCUCUGAUACUCUUGCAACGCUCGAACAGCAUCUGGCUAAGCACGGAAGUUGCACAGAGUCAACCCGUCGGGUCUACUUCCAACCUGAGAACGUUGACCUGUGCAAUCUCCUAUCUGUCCGUGCUCUUGGUCGCAAACUUGUCGAAUCGGACCUUCCUCAGAUUAAUGCGAUCGUCCUAAAUGCUGGUAUCGGAGGCUGGACUGGGUUGAACUGGCCGCUAGCGGUGUGGACGAUAUUGACGGAGAUAAGACAAGCGACAACAUGGCCAAAGUUCAAGCUGGGAGCGGUGGGACUCAUUACAGAGCCACAAUUCCCGCAGGACAAGUCACUAGGGUCUGAAGAACCGGUUCUUGGGCAAGUCUUCUGCGCCAAUGUCUUUGGACAUUACAUGCUCGUCCAUUGGCUGAUGCCUUUGCUGCGCGCAUGCACCUCAGAUUCUCCCGGCAAAAUCAUCUGGACCUCGUCCAUCGAACCAUCCAUACAUAAUUACAAUCCAGAAGACCAUCAAGGCUUGAGGACUGACGCAGCCUACGAGCAUUCAAAGCGUUUAACAGACAAUCUGGCGCUCACAGCGGAUGGCCAGCCGAGCACUGCAGAUUCGGUCAAGGAUUACACCACCAGCUCUGCGUCCACACGUGCAGGAAGCGUGCGGCCUGACCUUUGCGCACCGGUCUUCCAUCUUGGACAUCCAGGGAUCUGUGCUACUACAAUCGUCGAUAUCUACGCCAUCCUGAUGCCUUUUUACACCUUGGGGGUUUACCUAGCACGGUGGUGCGGGUCUGUUUGGGCAAAUGUGUCGAUUUAUAAAGGUGCUCUCGCUCUCUCAUGGCUGGCGCUGGCAAUGCCGGCCGAGAUUAAAUCCAAGGAGAUUGAAUAUGCCGGCAGCAGUAGAGGUCAGGUCAAAUGGGGCUCUUCAACCGCACGGUGGGGGAGAACUUCAGUCAAGCCAUCGGAAGUUCAAGGCUGGGGAAUCAACGGGACUGGAAAACCAUUCAAAGAUACAUGGUGGGCUGGACAGGUCGGACGAAAGUAUGGCGCGAAGGACGCAACAACCGAAGAUUUAGAGGAAUUUGUCUCCACUGGUGCGAUCGCCUGGAAGCAAAUGGAGACGCUGAGAAAAGAAUGGGAGGCGAGAAUUGAGGCAUACGAAGCGAAAGAAGAGAAACCAAGUAAUGGGCAUUUGUUGUGA